CAUUCACCCCUCCCCUCGCCAAACUGUCAAAUCGACGAGCGUUGUUUGUAUACGAAAUUUAUCUCGGGUGUUUGGCGUCGCUGACAAACCCGAGUGUCCCGAUCGAGGUAGCCUGGUUCACGAUCAGGAUGAGUCGUACGAUGGAUGAGAAGGAGGAACUGGUGAAGAAGGCCUUAUUUAGUUUCGUUAGGAAGCAGGUGCCCACCGCUCAACUGAGCUUAAUAGACGACAUUGUACUCAGUUAUGUAGUGAGUAUGGUGGAAGAAAGCGCAUUGGAGGAGAAUCUAGACGUAGAUGGACUAUGCGAAAUGGUGUCUGCUUGUUUACCCGAGUUUUCCACUAUCGAGAAGGAGGCUGUGUCAAAAUGGUUGCUCGACGUGGAAAGCAAAUUGAAGCAGGAGAGUAAGGAGAACGAGAAUUGCCAGUCUCACAGCGAUCCGCUGAAUCACAUCAGCCUGGCUGCUCUCUUGCCAGCCGGCACGCAGAGAAUGCGGGUCCAUCAUCUCUCAGAAACGAGCGACGCUGGAAGCGAUUCAAGUGGGGAAUAUUUUUCGGAAGAAUCCUCCUGGCAUCAGGUGGCCCUGCUGCAAGAGAUGUUUCCGGCAGCGAGUCCUGCCGAAGCAAGGCACUGUUUAGCGGUAGCCGGAGGUGAUAUAGCGAAAGCCGCGCAGCUCGCGUUACAUCGUCAAGAGGCAGGUCAAAGCAUCGUGAGCAACCUUACGUUUCUAACGCCCAACGGUCGUAACAAAGCGAGGUUGAACGACGAGGAGUUGAAAUCUCGUAUCAUAGCACGAUACAGUUACGUCGACAGGGACGACGAUUGCCGUGAGCACCGUCCAGUCGCGCCGAAAACGGAGCCCAAGAAGCUGGUACGGUAUCUUGACAAUAAGAUCGUAAGUGUGAAGGGUGAACGUUAUACGGAAGUACGAAGGGGCGGCGAGGACGAGGAUGGUAACGAAGGCAGUCGGAAGAGAGGCCAUUGCCGUCCGUAACCAGUCCCUUUGCCUCCACCCCCCGAUCCACCCCCCUGGAGGCAUUUGCGAGAUUUUCGAUUGAAUCUUUAACUUAGAUCAUUUCCAUCUUACUCGUAUAUAAAGGUAUAGACGAAAUAUCGAAUUUAAAGGCGUUGCAUUUCCGUUGGCGUUUCACCUUUACGUAAAUGCAGUCUGCACAACUCUCGGAAUCUCUUUCAUGUAACGUUAACUUAUCGCCAUUACGUGGCUAUAGUAAUAGUCAGUUUUUUACGUUAUUCGUUCGAAUUUAUUCUCGGGUAAUCUUUUACUGGAUAUCUCUAAUAUUUUAUUUCGUGGAAUAGACCGUAGCUUUACGAUCGAGCGUGCAAUGGCCGUUUUAAGUGAAUAUUCGUAUUCGUAGUUUGAAUAUACGGAAUUACACAAAUGCGUUAGUAAUCGCUGUUAGUAUCGAAAUAUAGUUACUAAAGACUUGUGAGGAACAACUUAUUUUAGCUUAAUAAAUAUAUAAUAAAUCGAUUACAAUUAAUUAUUUAAGAUUAAGGCGUUUCUCAGCUUCCACAGUCAAAUAUUCUUUUAUUAAGUAUUUAUCCGACUCGUUAUUAAUUUUAUAUAGUUUAAGAUUUGAUUGUAAAAGUGAUACAGAUUUGAUUUAGACAGUGAUGAUUUGUGAACUGUAUGUUAUGUAAAAAAAUACAGAAAUGUUUUAUUAUUUAAGUGCGCUGGCUAUUGUAAACUCGGCAUUUGACUUAACAUCCAUUCCUCUUAUUUUACUCUGAUAAUAGUCAUGUUACAUUUUUCAAGUUUAUUUAUUUUAUAUAGAAUUAAGGGUAUUCUUACGUAAGAAUGAUUCUUCAGAAACAGAAGAUUCGAAUUUUUUUUUUUAUAAACGAUCCAUUUUUUUUUGAAUGGAAAAUAUUCUUUCUUCUCGUGGCAUUACAAUGUAUGCAGCGAUUUUAUAUAAUUUGUAUUAAAUGGUAAGAACAUCCAGUCCAUUAUUCAAGUACUCUGUUUCUGGUGGAACACUGUAUAUAUAGCGUCGAAUAGAAUUAUUUAAUUGCAUUAUUACUUUGUAAAUGUGUGCGAAGAACCUUUAAUGUGUAUACUUUUAACGACGCAAUUGCUUUAUUUAUGUUAUGUGAAUCUUGUGAAAAAAACAAUUGUUUUAUAUUUUACGUCUGCAUUGAUAGCGGAGCGAUGAGUGAGCGAGAGGUGAUUUAUGAAAAUAUACCUGAAAAUAUAUUUAGCCAAAUAGCAUCAUUGUCAUGGUAGCAAACUGAUCCUUUUUCAACUGCACUAUAGGAAAAUGUACUAUAUAUUAGACGAUAAAACGAGAAUUUUUAUCCGCACGUUUAUUCAGGAGUCCAGAAAUAAUUGUUCAACAAUUUAGUAAGUCAAUACUGUUCUAGUGAUGUAAGGAAACAAUUGCCGCGAGCGAGAAUGUACGUAUAAUUAUCGUUUGUCGAAUAAUCAAAAAUCGGAAGGAUAUAAAUUGUAAAAAAUUAUUUGACAGGUGCAUCUACAGCACCCAUGCAUCUGUGUCAAAUGAAAGCAUUGAUAUAUAUUGCUGAAACAUUUCGAAAUAUUUCAAAUAAUAUAGAUUUCGAAUAAUGUAUUAAUAUUUGUAGUAUACGUACGUAGAGAUGAACGCGAAAACAGUCGCUAGAAAAUAUUCACUCUUUAGGGAUGAAGUCUGCUUAAAACCGCCAUACGAUUUGCCAGUAUUAUUAUCCUAUUGUCGCUGUCGCAGACUUUAAAGUGUAGUGCAAAUAUAAUCAUUAAAACGUUAGAAAGUCGUGUAUAGAAUGAUAUAAACUUGAUACUUAUUUCAGAAUUCGUUAUCUCGACGAUGCUCGCCGUAUAGAUGGAAUUGCUUCCGAACGCUGUAACUGCGAGACGCGAUGUAAAUCGAGACGUCUAUUCGUUCUACAUUAAAUUUUCUUUGCCUUAAUAUUAUAAAGUUGGUUGUAAUCGCUUUGCAAAUCGAGGAAGCGAUUUGUACUGUACUUGCUUAAAAACAUUUGUGUGAAAUAGGGGAACGUAACUUGUGAAAGAAACUUACAAAAUUAUUUAUUAUUUGCUUAUCAUCAGUUCGAGAAUUUUGUAUUUUUCUUUUUUUUUUUUUUAAAUCUUGGAUUGCUAUUCUACGUAAUCGAUCUUUUUACGAUAUAUAGUCGAAUUUACUUCGUAAACAUAUGAAUGUAAUGCAAUUCAAAUACAAUACAUGUCUUAUAAUGGGUCGACUCUUGCCAUAGGUGAUAUCGUGCUACGAUUGAUAAUUGUGUAUUCAUCGUGGAUACAUAUUUGCUGAAAACUAUGUAUUCCAUCGCCGAUUAAAUCUAAAUUGUACCAAUUCUAUCUAUAGAUUUUAGGAACGAUUCCAUAAAACUGCUAAAGGGGAUAUGGUGAAAAAAAGAAAUAGCAAGAUGAAUGACAAAAUGGAUCACUUUAGUUUUAAGCGAAUUUUCCACGUGUCCUUCUGUGUUGCAUAUAAAUAAGCAUUGUGGCUAUUAAUUUUUAACUCGUUAUAGAACUCUAUGUGAACUCUUGAAGUUGUGUGAAAGUAAGAUGUAACGAUUGUAAUUAUAAUUGUACUUGCCUUUUAAUAUGCUCUAAUCACAUCAUGUCUUAGAUCGCAAUUAAAAAUGUUGAUAACACGGA